AUGGAGCGAUUAAGAUCAGGGAUGUGUAAGGAGCCAGAAUUGGAGGAAGAGUUCUCGGAGAGUGUUUCUUCUUCCGCAGAUGGCGAGGUACCAAAAGAUCUCCCCCCUCCCAAGAAGCCAACACCGAGGCUAUGUGGAAGCAAUUACCCGCUGAGCAUUCUCUUCGUGGUGGUGAAUGAAUUCUGUGAGCGCUUCUCCCUCUAUGGCAUGAAAGCUGUUCUCACCCUCUACUUAACGAACUUCCUUCAUUGGGAUGAUGACCUGUCCACUGCCAUCUUCCACGCCUUUACUGGACUGGCCUAUUUCACACCGGUUAUGGGAGCUCUCAUUGCUGAUUCCUGGUUGGGAAAGUUUAAAACCAUCAUCAUCCUCUCCAUUGUGUAUGUUAUCGGUCAUAUUGUGAAGUCCAUUGGUGCAAUUCCAACCGUGGGUGACCAGAAACUGCAUGUGAUCUUAUCAAUGUUUGGCCUCUUUCUAAUAGCCCUAGGCACUGGUGGCAUUAAGCCUUGUGUUGCAGCUUUUGGUGGUGACCAGUUUGAAGAGGAACAUGCUUCUGAACGACGAAACUUCUUCUCUUUCUUCUAUCUGUCCAUAAAUGCAGGAAGUUUACUCUCAACCAUCAUCACUCCCAUGUUGAGAGCUGAUGUUCAGUGCUUUGGUGGAGACUGUUAUGCUCUUGCCUUUGGUGUUCCUGCUGCACUCAUGGUGCUUGCAUUAGUUGUGUUCAUAUCCGGAAGUGGACUCUACAAAAAACUUCCACCACGGGGAAAUAUAUGGGGUGAAGUCUGUAGUUGUGUUGGGUUUUCAUUAGUCAAUCGUUGGAGACAUCGUGGCAAAAAAUAUCCAAAGAGGGAACAUUGGCUUGACUGGGCAAGAGAGAAGUAUCCAAAAGAGCUUAUCGAAGAAAUUAAGAUGGUUACCCGAGUCCUGUUCCUUUACCUUCCUCUUCCAAUGUUCUGGGCGUUGUUUGACCAACAGGGAUCUCGAUGGACUCUGCAGGCGACCAGGAUGAAUUCCAACUUUGGCGGUUUUAUCAUACAACCCGACCAGAUGCAGACUCUUAAUGCCUUUUUGAUUGUUACUUUUAUUCCACUGUUUGAUAUGGGCAUCUAUCCUCUGAUUGGGAAGUGUAAAAUCAACUUGACGCCCCUCAGACGGAUGACAGUCGGAAUGGUCCUUGCGUCAAUGGCGUUUGUAGCAGCGGCCAUUGUGGAGGUCGAAGUCCAGAGAACAGUGAUGCCUGAGCCUGUAACUAAUGAAAGUUACAUUCAGUUCCUGAACCUAGCAGAUAAAAACAUAAACGUUACUCUCCAAGGACAAGAUGGCUUUCCAAUCACCAUGGCCCCCUUUCAGGAUCCAGACAAUUACAGCAAGUUACAGCUCAAUUCUCCAAGUCAAAUAUUCAGUUUUGAUCUUAAGUAUGAAAAUGUGAACACGUCGUGCCUGCUAAACAUCAGUGAGAGGCAAGCGUAUAGCAUUUUGCUGUACAAAGAGGGCAAAACACUGCAUUGCAAGCUGCUGGAAGAUGAAACGUUGAAACCACAGAAGGGAAGAGCCACGGUGAGAAUCAUAAACGCUUUCACUGAAGAUAUAAACGUUACCCUUGGAGACGUGAACUUUGGGAGAGUCAACAAGAGCUUGAGCAGCUCCCAGUACGCAAUCAUGGAUAGAGGACAAUACAAAGCAAUAGUCAAAGCUGGUACAAAGACAUAUGCCCUGGAUGUGGGACUGAUAGACUUUGGAGCAGCGUACACCAUCAUUCUGACUAAAAUGCCCGGAAAUGCCAGCUUUAAGAGUUGGAAGACCGAAGACAUCAAAGCAAAUGUCAUGCACGUCGCGUGGCAAAUUCCACAGUACGUCUUGAUGUCUGCUGGAGAGGUUAUGUUCUCUAUAACAGGAGUGGAGUUCUCUUACACACAGGCUCCUUUGAACAUGAAGGCCGUUCUUCAGUCUGGCUGGCUCCUAACAGUUGCCUUUGGAAAUGUCCUGGUACUUAUUGUGGCCAAGGCUGCUUACGUGGAACAGUGGGCCGAGUUUGUGCUGUUUGCCUGCCUUCUGUUUGCUGUCUGCAUCAUUUUCUCCAUCAUGGCUUACUUCUACAAAUACGUGGAUUCAGAGGAACUGGUCAAAAAAGAUUUGGACAAAGAAGAGGACAUCCCUCCACCCUACACAGAUAUCAUCCUCAACACAGUCAACAAGCAGACAAAGAUGUAG